UGCGGCGCUGUGGUUUGUGGCACUCGGAUGCAACGUGUUCGUGGCAUGUGCAGUGUUUGGCAGCCAGUGGUCGUCUCUGUGAAUCUUAGCUAGUCGAUCGUAUGUCCUGUGUGUCGGGCAUUAUUGUUAUUAUCAUUAUUAAUACGUGUUGGUGUGGGCCUUUGUGGAAGGGGUAGUGUGAAGUGUUUGGGCGGUGUGACACUCAACAGUGCCAAGUGUCGCCGCGCCCUGCCUUGCCCUCUCACUCAACCCAGGAUGCUGCUUGAGCCAUUAUGCUGAGUCAACAAAGCACACCAACCGCCAACAUGAACGCCCUGGGGACUGUGUACGCGACCAAACGCCGCCGACGCAACGGGAAAAGUAUAAAGCCACAGCCCAAAGACGGACAGACGAAAAGCAAUCCUUCGAAACGGCACAGAGAGCGGCUAAACGCUGAACUCGACACCCUAGCCAGCCUCUUGCCUUUCGAACAAAAUAUACUGUCCAAGCUCGACAGACUAUCCAUCCUUCGCCUCUCCGUGUCGUAUCUGCGGACGAAGAGCUACUUUCAAAUCAUGACGCAGGGCGGCGGCGAGAAGCAGGAGGGCGACCACCACCCCGCGAGACACCGAGACCUCAUCACCUACGACCACCACGUCCUCGAUGGGGAGAUGUUCCUACAGGCAUUAAAUGGUUUCUUAGUUAUACUAGACUGUGAAGGAGAAGUAUUUUUCGCAACACACAACAUUGAAAGUUAUUUAGGAUUUCAUCAGAGCGACAUCGUCCACCAGAGCGUGUACGAGCUGGUCCACUCUGAGGACAGAGAGGAGCUCCAGCGCCAGCUCAUGUGGAACUCUCACCUCCUGCCCGACCAAGCCCAGCUCACCCUGCAGGAGGCGCUGCAGGCAGACCAGACGCCCCUCGAGAGGAACUUCACCGUUAGAUUCAGAUGCCUUUUAGAUAACACUUCAGGGUUUUUAAGGCUGGACGUGCGAGGGCGAAUCAAGGUGCUUCACGGGCAGAACCGCAAGACCGAGGACCCGCCCCUGGCUCUCUUCGCCGUCUGCACGCCCUUCGGCCCGCCCUCGCUCCUCGAACUCCCGCAGAAGGAAGUGAUGUACAAGUCGAAACACAAACUAGAUCUUGCCCUCGUCUCGAUGGACCAGAAGGGGAAGAUGCUCCUCGGUUACAGUGACCUCGAACUAGCCAAUAAGGGCGGUUAUGACCUCGUUCACUACGAUGACCUCGCCUAUGUAGCCUCAGCGCAUCAGGAACUUCUGAAGACGGGCGCCUCGGGCAUGAUCGCCUACCGCCUCCAGACCCGCGACGGCGCCUGGCAGUGGCUCCAGACGUCCUCACGCCUCGUUUACAAAAAUUCCAAACCCGAUUUUAUCAUUUGCACGCACAGACCCCUCAUGGAGGAGGAGGGGCGCGACCUGCUGGGCAAGCGGACUAUGGAUUUCAAGGUGUCGUACCUGGACCCCGGCCUCACGCAGUCCUACCUCUGCGACUCCGAGCUGCCGCAGCUCUAUGCCUCCCGCAUGAGCCGCAAGUACAAGACGCAGCUGCGGGACUUCCUGACCACGUGCCGCUCCAAGAGGAGCUACACCAACCUCACCGACACGGCCUACAACAACUACAACAACGUGUACGGCGCCUCGGCCUACUCGGCGGACAACGGCCUGUACAUGCAGCAGAACUUGGGCAACCUGCAGUCGCUGUACCCCGCCAGCUACCUGCCCGCCGACAACCUGUUCCACUACCGCCAGCUGGGCACGUACUACCCCGAGUACAUGACGCACGGCUACGUGAGCAACGGCUACGUGGACCCGACGCGCUCGUGCCUCAGCUACGACACGACGGGGCUGGCCAAGACGGCCGACCAGAAGCUGUACUGCGCCUCGCAGCUCGACGCCUCCAAGUACCAGUACAAGCCGGCCGAUGCGUACUCGGCGGUCUACGGCAGCAACACGGUCCUGCCGUCGCUCGAGCACAAGUACAGCGACAUCCGCACGACGGACGCGCGGCGGGACGACCCGUCGGCGCUGGCGUCGCUGGGGGCGCUGGCGGGCACGCCGGGCACCACGACGCCCGUGGCCGUCAGCUCCGUGUCCACCACGGCCACGGCGGCCAACAAGGACGAGCCCAAGGACGGCGACGCGUACCCCAACAGCACGCGCCAGACCGUGCUCAUGUGGGGCUCGGCCGCCCACGAGUACGACAAGAAGUUCCCGGAGGCGCCGGCUACGUCGGCGGCGUCGCUGGAGCAGAGCCCGGGCCUCGGCAGCGUCGCCUGCAAGUGGGGUGCCUCCACGCCCGCGUCCACGCCCGGCGCGGGAAGCAGCGCCGGCGGCUCGCCCCACGGCGGCGGCGAGGGCGCGUCACCGCACGGUCGGCCGCCUCCCGCCGCCCACUCCGUCGCUACCUCUGCCGCCCACGUCGGCGCCGGCCCUGUGGCGCCCGCGGGUAAGGCUGCGUACGGCUACAGUGAGGGCGGCGAGGUAUGGCACCAUCAGUACUAUCCUUACCACCCGUAUCACACCUCGCACACCAUGGCGGAUCCCAGCUAUCCACAGAUCAGCAGGAACCCAAUCCUUUGCUGUCCAUCUCUGAGGUAACGAACACACUCCUCAACCACCAGGAUUAGACGAGGUGGUCAACUCUAAGCAGGGAUAAAGACGAGGAGGCCAGCGCCGCGGCUGCCUCCGCCAUCCGGGGCAGUCCUGAGGUGACUCCGGAGUCGCCAAUCCUCGCCUAAUUCCUGAUCCCGAAUCCGACAAAAGCUCAUCACUUCGAGGGACGAAUCCACGAAGAACUAGCUCAGCCAAGUUGUCACUGCAAGUGAAGGAGGGAGUGCUUGCGUUGAAAGGAAAAGACGAAAGAAAUGUAAAGGGAGAUGCAGAGUGAGAAGAUAAAGGAAUAAAGGGGAAAAAAAGUGGAAAGAGAGGGGGGGAAAUGGAAAGAGAGAUAGUGAAAGAAAGAGAUGAAAAGUGAAAAUGUACAAUAGAAGAGACAGUUUUCUUGUAGAGAAUAUUUCUUGUUUCAAAUGGAAUAACUCGAUGCUAUUCAAAAAUCGAUGAAAAAUAUCUCCUUCAGUUCAGGAUGAAAAAUAUUUGCAUAUAAGUUUUUUCCCAUUGUAUUUUCUCAUGGAAAUAUUUACGCGUGAAGUACUAUUGGCUUUCAAGUUUUCAAAGUGACGAUUAAGAUCUUGAUUAUUAUUAGAAAGAUAAAAGCUGCUUUUUCAUUUCUUUACU